UUUAACCUCCAAACUACCUCCAGAAGACAUGUCAGGGGACCUGGAAGCCAAGAGCUGUGGCUACACACAAAUCAGUGUUCAGAAUUUCUGCUAUGAGUGGACCAUUAGAAACUUUUCAUUUUACAUGGAUGGAAUUUGGGAAAAUAUUACAGGCCCAGGGUUCCCAUUAGAGGCCAGUGAAAUAGUGCAAUGGUGUUUAAGGAUACACGCAAAUGGUGUUGAUGAAGAAAGUAAAGAUUACCUGUCAGUUUAUCAGGGUUUGCUCAGUUGUCCAAAGAGCCCAGUUUGGGCAAAGGUACAGUUCUGGAUCAUAAACACCCAAGGAGAGAAAUAUCUAAUUACAAAAAUCUCAAAUGGUUUAAGGUUUCUGCCAAAUCAAUACUGGGGAUACAAAAAGUUCAUCCUUCGAGAUUUCCUCCUCUACCAUAGGCAUUGGCUUCUUCCUGAAUACCAGUUCACCUUGUGCUGCAACGUGAGCAUAGUAGGACCCCCCUGUAGCAUGCAUGCAGAGAACAUGAGACUUUCAAUCAAGGAUCCAAGGCAGAUGUUGGUCAACGACAUAGGGAAGAGGUGGGAGAAUUCCCUCUUCACAGACUGCAGCCUGGUGGUAUCUGGCCAGGAAUUCAGAGCUCACAAGGCCAUCCUAGCAGCUCGCUCUCCAGUUUUCAGAGCCAUGUUUGAACAUGAAAUGCUAGAGAGCUUAAUAAACUGCAUUGAGAUCCAUGACAUUCAUCUGCAAGUCUUUAAGGAAUUGAUGGGUUUCCUUUAUACUGGGAAGGCACCACACCUCCACAGCCACUCAAUGGCCACUGGUUUGUUGGCAGCUGCUGACAAGUAUGACCUGCAGGGCUUGAAGAUCAUGUGUGAGGAUGCCCUGUGCAGGAACCUCUCUGUGAAGAAUUCUGUACCCACUCUAAUCCUGGCUGACCUCCACAACACAGAGCACCUGAAGACUAAGCCCAUGGAUUUCAUUAUACUUCAUGCUUCUGAAGUCUGUGAGACCUUGGGUUGGAAGUCAAUUGUGGAGUCACAUCCCUAUUUGGUGGGGGAAGCAUUUCACUCCCUGGCUUCUAUACAGUGUCCUGGCUUGAAGCCCUCACUCACAUUCCAAAAGGUAUUUUAG